CUUAUGAACUGCUUCAUUAUUUGAUUUCAUCUGUUACAUUCGUGCAUUUUUUGUAUCACCAGCUCUACUUCAGGUAUACUUUUAUUGUUCAUAGUUUGAUAACAGCAUGCUGUGGACUAAUGAACUCGUUCUGAAAUGUUCAGGUGCUAAUUUUUGCUAUCAUUCCAAAACUUAACAACUUGAGGGUUUUAAAAGCAACGAGGUCAUUGAAUUUUAUAUUUAUCUUUCAAUACGUGCUGAGGUUUCUUCGGAUUUGCUCGUUGUUGAAAAAAGAUCUGGGGGCUUCUGGCAUCCUGGCUAAAUCUACUUGGGCUAAUCUCUUCUUUUUUAUGCUUGCCAGCCAUGUCAUUGGAGCGUUUUGGUACUUGUUUUCGAUAGAAAGGAAAGCAACUUGCUGGAUAGAAGCCUGCAGUCAUGUUGGUGUUCAUUGUUCUUUAUAUUGCAAUGAUACAUACAAAGCUAGCCUCUAUCUGAACGAUUAUUGCUCUAAAAAUUCCACAUCUUUUGAUUUUGGAAUAUAUGUUGAUGCCCUUGCAUCUGGAGUUGUGGAUUCAGCGGAUAUUGUACAAAGGAUUUCUUACUGUUUCUGGUGGGGGCUGCAAAAUCUGAGCUCUCUUGGUCAAGGCCUCAAAACAAGUACCUAUGUGUGGGAAAUCUACUUCUCCAUCUUCAUCUUAAUUUCUGGUCUGCUAUCAUUUGCAUUUCUUAUUGGAAAUGUGCAGGCAUAUUUGCUGUCAGAAGUUGCGAAAUCAGAGGAAAGGAGAGUAAGAGUUGAGCAAAUGAGAUUGAAGAGGCAAGAGAUGGAGUCAUGGAGGCCUUUCCUUUCCUUCCCUGAGAAUCUUAGGGAGCAGAUCUUGCAAAACAUUGAAUGCAAAUUACAAGAAAAUAUACUAGUUGAUGUGCACAAUUUUCUUCCCCAUCUAUCCAUGGACCUCAGGAAAGAUACAAUACGACAUCUUGGCAUGGAUUUAUUUAAAAAGUGUCCAGCGUUUGACAAAUGGGAUAGGCGACUGCUGGAUGCAAUGUGUGAUAGUCUCAAGCCAGUAAUCUAUACAGAGGAAAGUUACAUUUUUCAGGAGAGAGGGACUGUGGAUGCAAUGCACUUCAUUGCUCAAGGAAGGUUAAUGAGACUAACAACUUAUGGUGCAACAACUGAGGCAUUCUUGUACAGAUAUCUGGGCUAUGGUGACUACUGUGGUGAAGAGCUCAUCACCUGGGCAUUUGAUCCCCACUCGUCACCUAUUGAACUUCCCUCAUCCAUCGCAACUGUCCAGUCUCUAAGUAAAGUUCUGGCACUUGUUUUAAAAGCAGAUGACUUGAAGCUCAUAGCCUCCCAAUUCCGGCACCUUCAUGAUAUUCACCAUGCCCGCCACACAUUCCGGGUUUACUCAAAUCAAUGGAGAACGUGGGCAGCUUGUUACAUACAAAGAGUGUGGCGCCGUUAUUGCAAGAUGAAACUUGAAAAGUCUUUGGAACAGCAGAAUGGAAGGUUGAAAGAAGCACUGGCAAAGGAUGGGACUAGCUCCUCAAGUCUAGGUGACAACAUAUAAUGUCUGACCCUUUGCAACCAAUGUACUUUUUCCUGUACGGUUUUAUGGUGUGCCAAAGCCAGUAAGAUUGCUUUCUCUUGAACUGAAACUCUACACUUGAAUAUCAGCAGUCAAAGGAACACUAUGCUUGGUACUUAUAACAAGACUGACUGCAUUUUAUUACCCUUUUUCUACGGUUAAUUACUCAG